ACUUUGCGUAUGCCGGAGGCAUGGCUAGAGUUUCAAUCACGUUUGGACACAUGAAGGAUACCAUGUCCAGAAUUCUGUCGAGGAUGCUGGUACCUCUCCAUCGACUGUACGUAGAUGAGGUAAGACCUGUGGAUCAAACUAGGGUGUACCACAAGUUCACACUCCCUUCGCCCAUUCUCCGCGCAUUCCAGGUACGUAUCUGGACAACCAUUGUCUUCAGUUUGUUUUUAAUUAAUUAACUCAUUUUUAAAGUACAAGGAUGUAUCGGGGUGCUCGACGGAGCACAUGUUCCCAUGCAUCCUCCAUCAGUUGAAUUCAUAAAUUGGCAUGGCCGUCCACGUAUCCCUACUACCAAUGUGCUCGCUAUUUGUGAUCACGAUUUGUUGUUCACGUACUUCGCAUCCGGUGUUGAGGGGUCCUACCAUGACACUCAUGUGCUAAAUACGUGUAGAACCACAGAAACAUUGCAUUUUCCAGAGCCACUCUCAAGUAAAUUCUACAUAUGUGACAGCGGCUAUGUGAACAAGCCAGGGUUCAUGGCGCCAUAUAGAUAUAGGCGUUACCAUCCUCAUGAAUUUGAACACAAUGCACCGGAUAAUUCAGAAGAGUUUUUCAAUCUCAUCCACUCGGGCUUAAGAUCAGUGAUUGAGAGGAUGUUCGGCGUCUGGAAAAAUAAGUGACAUAUUGUUCAAAAAGGCUAUUCUCUUGUUGGUUUCAAAGUCUGGAAACAGUUGGCCAUCAUUGAUUCAACUGCAGCUCUUCAUAACUUCGUUCGCAGACGCAUGAAUGACAUUUACUU